AUGGCCACCGAGAGUAACGGGGCUCCAGCUGGGGCUCCGGCCCCUCAGGACGCAAAGACAUCGUCUGCCUCAGCACCCGCCAAAACCCCGGCUGCUGCCCCCGCCGCGGCCGCCAACCCAGAGAAGCUUACCCCAGCGCAACUAAAGGCCAAGGCGAAGGCUGAGAAGGCCGCCAGACGGGCAAAGGUCAUUGAGACCAAGGCGGCGGUAGCGGCGGCGACUCCGGCAAAGGAGGCAGGGAAAGGCAAGGGCAAGCAGGACGGGCAACCACCACAGAGCAAGCAACACCGGGGCUCCAUGAGCGGGCGGCGGCCGUCCAUUGGGGGCCCUCUGAUCGAGAAGGAGAAAGAUGCUAGGAGCGGAAUUCCCGAGUGCUUCAGCCAUGUUCCCAUGGCGAAGCGGGUGCAGUUGUCGCAGACGCACAAGGACGUGGACCCCGCUGUGUUGGUGGCGGGACAGCAGAUGGCCGCUUUUGCUAUCAAGGAUAGUAUCUCUCGUCUUGAGGCGACGUUGUUGGCGUUCAAGAAGGUGAUUGAAUCCUACGAGACUCCCAAGGGGAACUCGUUAUCUCGCCAUCUUGUGCCGCAUGUCCUCAACCCACAAAUCGAGUAUCUUACCGAGUGCAGACCGAUGUGUUUUGCUAUGGGCAAUGCCAUCAGACUGCUCAAGACCAAGAUCAACAGUUUUGAUAUCAACGACCCCGAGGACGAGACAAAGGAGGAGCUUUUGGAGUGGAUCGACACCAUGAUCAACGAGCGCAUCAAGCUGGCCGAGUACUUGAUCGCGAGGAAUGCUGCCCGGUUGAUUGAGGAGGGGGAGAAGGUUCUCACAUAUGGCCGGCACAGGCUGGUCGAGAAGACGCUGUUGAAGGCCAAGGAGAUUGGGAAAACGUUUGAUGUUACCAUCAUUGACGACCCGUAUGAGCGUGGAGGCCAGACGUUGGCCAAGACUCUUCGUCAGGCGGGGAUCAACGUGCUCUACUCGCCAAAUCUGGGCGGGUUACGGCCAAAGGUUGCGGGAGCUACGAACGUCAUUCUCGGCGGAGAGGCCAUCUUUGCUAACGGGUCGCUUAAUGCUGCCUCUGGCACAGCGGAUGUUGCUAUGGCGGGUCAGAAUGCCGGUGCCAAGGUUACGGUGCUCUGCGAGACGAUCAACUUUGACAGAGAGCGUGUGUCGGUGGACGCGCUCACUUACAAUGAGAUCGAUCCCGAAAGGAAUACCGCCGAGUGUUUCCGGCUGCUAUACGACAACACCCAAGAUAAGUAUAUCAGCGGUGUUGUAACAGAGUUUGAGAGCGGGGGUGGUAAUUCUCCAGCCCAGGCUAUCCUGGCGCUCUUGCGGAUGCGGGAAGAUCCCCAGAUUGCUUAG